AUGGCUUCAAAAACAAAACUAAAUGAUAAUAAUUUAGAAGAUGAAAUGAGUAUUCUUACACUCUUAAAAAAGACACCUCUUCAACCUAUAGAUAAUAGCAGAGCUGGAAUGGUGUACAAUUGUAAAUUUGUACCAACCAGAUUGCCGUCAAUGGAUCAUCUCUUCUCUUUAGUCUGGGAUUUGUUCAAUUUAUUUGAAGAUUUGGGAACCCAAGGAUCAACCAACAUGUCCAACACAUUCAACAGUAGUACUUGUAAAAGUUGUUUGCCAACAUUGGUCAUUAUAGUACUUCAUUUACCUAAAGUCAAAGAAAAAUAA